AUGCAGAGGAAGCUCCGGCAAGUACGCACUGCUCUGAAAGAGCAAAGCUGCGUCAGCUACGCCAAGAUCGCUUCAGCGACAGGGUUUUCCGAUGUCAAUCUCAUCCUCAUCAAAGCAACACCACCGGAUGACUUCCCUCUCCGUGACAAAUACAUAAACGAGCUCUCGAAAAUCUUCUCCUUCUCUCCUUCUUCCUUCCACUCCUUCUCCCUCAGCUUCACUCGUCGUUUCGCCGCCACGCGCAGCUGGCGUGUCGCCCUCAAGUGCCUCCUCCUACUUCACCGUUUGCUCCUGUCAGUCCCCGCCGACAGCCCCUUCGGGUAUGAAAUCCUCUGGUCACGUUCUAACGGUUUGCUUUCUCUCUACUCUUGUCGUUUUCGAGACGAUUCGUCUUCGUGUUCUGCGGCGGAGUGUACUGUUUUUGUCAGAUCCUACGCUCUGCUUCUUGACGAAGCCCUAGAUUGUGUUUUCUUGGAUGGCAAGAAAUUAUUCCAUGAAGAACAAGAAGGUGAAGGCGAAGAAGAAGAAGAAAGUGAUGGGACUGAUAAAUUCAAAGCGAAGAUGAAAGAGAUUGGUGACACACUUGAGAUGUUACCACAGCUUCAGAGCAUUAUGGACAGAGUGAUGGGCUGUGUUCCCAUGGAAAAAUUAACAACACAAAGCUCCAUCGUUCGAUCGGCCAUGAAACAGAUAAUUCGAGACAGCUUUGCCUACUACACACAGUUCAGGAGAGAAAUCGCAGUGGUUUUGGAUAAUCUUCUUCAAAUGCCCUACAUGAAUUGCUUGGCUGCUUUUGCCAUAUACAAGAAAGCUUCUGUACAAACAAGCCAACUUUCUCAGUUCUAUGAUUGGUGUAAGUUUAAGGGAUUGUGCGGUUUCUAUGAGUACCCUGUGGUUGAUAGAAUCCCACUUAUACAAAUUCAAGCUCUGGAAACUUUCCUCAAAGGCAUGUGGGAGCUAACCGAGUCGUCAUCGUCACCGUCGUCAUCGCUGACAACGCCUAGCUCUCCGCCCUCCUCAUCGUCGGCGGGUUCUCCCUCCCGAGGAGAUCAAAAGCUGGUAGCGAGAAGAGAUGGUGGUGGUGAUGUCGUCGUGAAAGGUCAUAAUAACAAUAAGCUUGAUGAUGAUAAAGAGGAGAAGCCAUUGAUUGAUCUUGAAAACGAUGCUAUAAAAGAGAAGGAUGAUGACAGCUGGGAGGCAUUGUUGGAAUCUUCUAUUAUUAGUUUUUCUCAUGAUCAGUGUGACUUUUGCUUCUGGGGGGGUUCUAAUAAUAUUUGA